AUGGCACCUGAAAACCAAACCUCCAUCCGAGAGUUCAUCUUGGUGGGCCUCAGCAGUCACCGCACAACCCAGCUUCUACUCUUCUUCGUGAUUCUCCUCGUAUAUUCACUUACCCUUCUGGGGAACCUGGUGAUCAUCAUGCUUGUGCAGGCUGACCCUAGACUCCACACGCCCAUGUACUUCUUCCUGACCCACCUCUCCGUCUUGGAGAUCUGCUACACCACUAGCACCGUGCCCCAAAUGCUAGCUCACCUGCUCUCCGGAAACGGAGCCAUCUCCCCCACUCGUUGCGCAAUCCAAAUGUACACCACCAUGACGCUAGGCGGCACCGAGUGCUUCCUGCUGGCUGUCAUGGCCUAUGACCGCUUCCUGGCCAUCUGCCACCCACUAUUAUAUACCAUCGCCAUGGACAGGAGCCGCCGGUGGCAGCUUGCUUCAGCUUCCUGGAUCAUUUGCUGCCUCAUUGCAGCGUUGAACAUAGGCUGCACUUUCCACCAUCCCUACUGUGGCCCCAACCAUGUCAACCACUUCUUCUGCGAGCUCCCAUUGGUGUUGAAGCUCGCAUGCGACAACACCUAUGUGACAGAAACCAUUGUUUUCUGGACUUCCGUGGUGGUCCUCCUCUGUCCUCUUUCUGUUGUCUUAACCUCCUACGGGCUCAUCCUGUCGUCUGUGUUACAAAUGGGAUCAAGGGCUGGUUGGCACAAGGCUUUCUCCACAUGUGCCUCCCACUUGGCUGUGGUCAGUUUGUACUACGGCACCCUCAUCUUCAUGUACUUGAAGCCGGCAUCAGCCAAUGCUCCCAAUCAGGACAAGCAAAUUGCUUUCUUUUACAUCGUGGUCACCCCCCUGCUCAACCCGGUCAUUUACACCUUGCGUAACAAGGAUGUCCAUGGGGCAGUGGCCAGGGUGAUAAAAAAACCCAAACUUUAAAUGGCAAAGUUUAGCACUGAUGUCUUUCUUAAUCAGUCCUGCUGUUGUCCCAGGGGUCUGCCAGUCACUUGCCACGACUAUUAAAUCACAGUUUUGCUGGAUGAAGAGGGUAUUGAUUCUCUGCUCAACUGUUCACACACUGGACAGGUGAUGGUGCUGUAUUAUAAUAUUAUCCCUGACUUACCCAGCUGGUCACUGCCUUCUGCAGGAGGGAUCCUCCUUAAAUUCUCCAAAAUGCAAGAAAUCCAUUCCACAGUAACUCAAGAGAAGCGUUCAUAAU